AUGAACUCAAGAAUAACAACAACGAGACGCACCACGAAUGAUGUUUUUAAUAACAAGAACAACAACAAAAAUUCGUCGUCGUCGUUAUACGCGUUCUCUUUACUCCCGUGUAUUCUGAUGCUUCUAGGCGCGGGCGAAGACGGCAUAUUCACCACUUUACUCAUCGGCUGCGCGGCGUCGUAUAUUCUAGAUUUGCUGAGGUAUCCAGAGAUGACGCUCGUCUGCGUUUGGCUCGCGUUGUUUUCGAUAUAUUUAGCGAUGUUGAUUGAAUCUGAUUUGUUCUUCGCGCCGUUACGACCGACGAUUAUUUCGUUGUUUCUGCUGACCACGAACGGAAUCAUGCUGUUUUUGUGCGGUCUGUGGGCGAGUUUACAGUUUAAAUGGGUGGAAAUGGAACAUCCGAACGUUUCGAGAUGGAUGGAAAGCGUUCUCGUGGCUUCGAUUUUGCCGGUGUGCGGCGCGUUGAUCGGGUGGACGUUGAUGGCAUCUGUGGGUGCGGUUUUAGCGCCGUUUUAUUUACAGAUUGUUUUGAUGGUAUUGUAUCAUCUUCUCUAUGAUGAUGAUGGUAAAAAGUCAUCGCCGCCGUCUUCAUCUCGGGGACGACGACAAAGAGGCGGCUCAUUCAAAGGAGUAUCCGGGGCGCCGGGAGAAAGAUCGCUCACAAGUCGCGAAAAGUAUAUUCACAAAUUUUGCGUGUGUUUUUGUCCAGCAUUCGUGUACGUUGGAACGCAUUGGCCAACACUCAUAGAAUCAUCUUUUAUUUUCUGGGAGCACGCGUUACACGUGGUCAUUUUGUGCUCUCUCGGUGCGACGGUUUUAUUUGAGACGAGAAUGACGCUGCUCGUGACCGCGGUCGCGGUGGCGUUGCGGGUCGUCGACACGACUGAAUAUUCUGUAUUGUUACUCAUCGGCGGUGCAUUUGUCCUCGGCAUCGCAACGCUCAUCGAUAUAUCGAGAUUAAACAUUGGAAUCUACGCGUUGUUUAUGUGUCUAGCGAUCGCAACGGUUGGAUACUUUUUGAAGAGGAAUUAUUGGUUCAUCGAAGGCAUGGAAAAUACGUGUUUCGGCAUUUUGUUGAUCACGUCAAUCACAUUCGCCGUUCCCGGUUUAUAUCUGAUGGAAUUUUCCAAAGAAGUUCUAUUUGGCAUGAUUUUCGUGCAAGCUGCCGUGAUGGCGCAAGUGGAGGCAAUGUUAUACAACGAGAUUCAAGAAGAUGGGAGUACGUUUUACCCGCCGUAUUUAAUAGCGCUCACGACGUUCUGCGGCGUUCAACUUUCCACGAAAAUGCUGAAUCUCUCAAAGACAAGGUUUCCAGAUAUGCUCAUUUAUACCGUGUAUGUUUCCAAACUUUCUGUAUUUUUAGAUCUCGAUUGGGUGAAAGUUUUUGUGUUGAUGUGUGCAAGUGCGUCUAAGUAUACGAUACUCAUCGUUCUUGGGCUGUUGUACGCGAGAUUGGAGCUGUUUGACGUUCUAUUUCUCUUCACCGGCCAUCGCCCGACGGAUGCUGGAUUGUUUGGUUCAUUGCUGUGUGCGACGAGCGCACUCGGAGGGUUUCAAUCCUUACGAAAAGCGCGUUUGAUUUGCAUGAUAGCCGGUCUCCUUCUCGUUAUAAUAAAACCGCCUUUGCCUUGGCAAGGCGAAGUUGGAUUCUGGUACGAUCAAGACCACGUUCCAGACAGAGAGCCAGAUAGGGAUAGCAUGUAUUCACUGGGAGGUGAAUAUGACGGCGCAGAAGAAACAUACAGAAGUUGGUUUCUAAUUUUAUCCAUAGUUUUUGGUUUGUUCGGCGUCGGAACUGUUAGCGGCUUGUGUUUCGGUUUGUUCGUGAUGAAAGAGAGCGUGGUGGUUUGCGCGUUGUGCGGCGCGUUUGUUCAAUACAAAAGAGCGAGUGUAUUUUAUGCCAUGGUUUUAGCAAUAGUAUUUGCCAUAACCACGAUGAUUGGUGACGAAGAGGUUUACAAUUUACUUUCUGUCGUCGCGGUGUGUUUCUUACACUGCGCUUUGAGCGUGAAGUAUACUCACUUUGUGGUCUCGAGAGCACAACGAACGACGACGAGAAACCGCGACGAUGACAACAACAACAAUAAAGUAUACAAUCCGUUUGUACGAAAGAGGCAAAGCGCAAGUGAGAGAAACAUGGCCUUUAACAACGGGAACAAGAAUGCUAUCUCGAAAAAUGAUUAUCAUGACGCAAUGGAUCGCGUGGGAAACAUUGCGACGUUGUCUGCGUUCGUCGCAACGCUGGUCGUGUUUUGGGAUUCCGAGGAUUCGAGUUUCAUUACGAUCCCGCUCGUUUCCACGAUUCUUUUCUUAGCUCGGACCGAAAAGGCGUCAUUUUUCGCGUACGUCGCAGUCGUGUGCGGAUACUUUGCCCAAGUGCUUCUGUGCAACAGUAACGAUAGCGUCAGUUCUACCAUCUUUGCAGCGUUUUCUUUUCCGAGCGCGUUCGCUUUCGCCCGCUUCCUCUAUUCCUCCUUCGAGCGACAAUACGAGAAAAGCGCGUUAGCGCUCGCGUCUCCGUUGAACAUCGUACCCAUUGUGAUGGGUCUCGGUGUCAAGUCAAAAGCAGUGGUAUCUUUAGGAAUAGUCGGCGUAGCGUCUGGUAUUGCCCAGUAUGUCGUUCAAAGUAGAAUACAAAGGAAAGGUAGCCGAUAUUUAUAG